CUCCCCCUCCAUUAAUCCUUUGGUUCAGGACUAAGAAGUAAGACUUGGACGGUUCCUUUGCUAAUGGCGAUGAAACCUUCCGUGUUACCGUUAUUGCUGCUGGUGGUCUCUUUCUUGUCUAGCUCUUUUGCCAGCACAUUUACCGUAGCAAACUACUGCCCCUUCACUAUAUGGCCCGGUACAUUAGCCGGUUCAGGGACGCCGCAGCUCCCAACCACCGGAUUCCAAUUGCAAUCGGGGCAAAGCCUGAGAAUCCCAGCUGUCCCGGGGUGGUCAGGUCGCAUUUGGGGAAGAACUGGGUGCACAUUCGACGCAUCGGGCGUGGGGUCCUGUCAAACAGGGGACUGCGGGGGAAGGCUGGAAUGCGACGGCAUGGGCGCAACGCCUCCUGCCUCGCUCUUCGAGAUAACCCUCGGCGCUGGAGAUGACAAGGAUUUCUACGACGUCAGCAUCGUCGACGGCUACAACCUGCCGCUCAUUGCGGUGCCGCAAGGAGUACUUAAUGGAAAAUGCAACGCCACUGGCUGUGUUUCCAACAUCAAUAUGGGUUGCCCUAAAGAACUUCAGGUGGUUGGUGGGGAAGACGGGGAAGGGAACGGGAGCGGGGACGUUGUUGCCUGCAAAAGUGCAUGCGGGGCAUUUGGAUCAGACCAAUACUGCUGCAGUGGAGAAUUUGCGAACCCAUCGACAUGCCGUCCAUCAUUCUAUUCCACCAUUUUCAAGAGAGCUUGUCCAAGCGCUUACAGCUACGCCUUUGACGAUGCCACCAGCACUUUUACAUGCAAGGCUUACGAUUAUGCCAUAAUCUUUUGUCCCGUGAACGGGACGAAGCAACCAAGUAUCGGUGCAUUAACAUCUCCACCCAUUCAAAGGAGCCGAAACGGGAGGGUCGUAGGGAUGGUAGCAUCUUCGUCAACUGUCCUCAGAAGACCCUUCUCUGCGCUGUUCCUUCUCAUCAUCACCUGGUAUGUCUAGACAUCCAACGCCAACGACCCCAUUCAUCCGACCAGGCUACAUACAUAUACCAAAGAUUCACAGAAAAUCUUUAGUGUAAAUUCAUCCUUGUUUGUGAUUGAAUUUGUUAGUUAAUACUCUCGUAGGUUUAUGCUAUACUCUUCUAGAAUAGAAUAUGUUGUACCAUGUACGAUUUUUACGCUAUUCUUGUGGGUGGUGCUGUACCAUGUCCAUGUAUGAUGGA